AUGAGCACAUCUAACUGCAGAUUUUACGAGAACAAAUACCCAGAAGUGGACGAGGUCGUGAUGGUCAACGUCCAGCAAAUUGCUGAGAUGGGCGCCUAUGUGAAACUGCUGGAGUACGAUAACAUUGAGGGUAUGGUUUUGUUGUCUGAGCUCUCGAGAAGACGUAUUAGAUCCAUCCAGAAGCUUAUAAGAGUCGGCAGAAACGAGGUCGCGGUGGUUCUGAGAGUGGACAAGGACAAGGGAUACAUCGAUUUGUCUAAGAGAAGGGUUUCGUCUGAGGAGAUUGUCAAGUGCGAGGAGAGAUUCAACAAGUCCAAGGCAGUGCACUCUAUUUUGAGAAGAUGCGCUGAAAAACACAACAUCCCGCUGGAACACCUGUACGAGACCAUUGCAUGGCCGCUGAGCAGAGAGUACGGACACGCUUUCGACGCGUUCCGGAUCUCGAUCACCGAUCCUUCUAUUUUCAACAAGAUAACUCCUCCGUCGCAGGAAGUGCUGGAAGAGCUGAAAGAACACAUUUCUAGAAGACUGACUCCGCAGGCGAUCAAGUGCAGGGCCGACAUCGAGGUGUCCUGUUUCUCAUACGAGGGUAUCAACGCCAUCAAGGAGGCUCUGGCUGCGGCAGAGUCGCUCAGCACAGAACAGAACGCGAUCAAGGUGAAGCUGGUGGCUGCUCCAAGGUACGUCGUCACCACGCAGUCGCUGGACAAACAAACAGGAAUCAACAGUCUGAACGAGGCUAUAGAGAAAGUGAACCAGGUCAUCACCAAGUACGGUGGAGUGUGCGAUGUGGCGAUGGCACCAAAGGCCGUGACGGCCACCGAGGACGCCGAGUUGCAAGCUCUUUUGGAGAGAAAGGAGUUGGAGAACGCUAUGGAGUCGGAGGACUCCGACGAGGAGUACGACGAGUAG